AUGCGGCUGCGGAAAAGGCAGCGACUAUUUAUGGCCCUCUCAGGUGUUACGGUCUCAAACGUUACAUAAGAGAAAUGCAGAUUUGUGAUGCAAAAGGUGCAACAUGAUCCGGCCUCUUCUCACAGAAAUUAUACGCAUGACAAGUUCAGGAACCCAAAAACACCCCUAGAAUCUUCCAGCGAAACCUGUAAUGCGAAAAGCGCAAGUCUAUGCAUGGUACUCAUGCUGUUCAUGCAAGACAAAUUCCAGAUUCUAUUCGUAAUGCUUGAGAUUGUAACACCUGAGCAAGCCAUACGAUUGCGGAGCAGAAACAAAAAUACAAGGACGAAGAGGAGCAGGCGGCAAAAAUGGCACAGGAAGAACAGGGAGCUUUGGUAUAAUUUUCAUAGACUUGAUGAUGUUUAUGUUCUUGCUACUGUAACUGUGUUAAUCAUAAUCAUGAUGUGAAUUUACAUUUAGGAACAACAACUUUUGAUGUCUGCUCAAAUUGAAAAUACUAGUACAUUGUGUCACUGAUACGAAGUACAACUCAAGUUUAUUCGGUUUUUCGCAUGUGAUGAAAAAGGUCGCUACCACGCCGGUUGUUCCCGCUGAGGAGGGGGAGGAAGCAAAAGAUGAAUCCACAACGACGAUUGCCGAGGGGAGCGGAGUCGUGGAUGAAGAUGAGAACAGUACAACUGUGCCUCCUGGCGUCAAAUUUGGAGACCUUCAGGGGCACGCGGCACCGGCGGAGGCCAUGCAGGAACAGGAAGCGACGGGAGCGGUUAAAAUUGCGGGUGGGGGCGGGGAGGGAGGAAGUACGUUGCCUCCUCCGAUGCUGGGGGCCCCAGCGAUGCUGGGGUCCUCCGUGGAAAGCGGCGGAGACGAGGAGGAGGAGCAAGGAGCCGGCUGUUGUUAGGUCGAGUAGAGAUGAGGAAAUAAAAAUUGAUGCCCGCGCGGCUGGGAAGCGGGAGUACUUUAUUGCAUGGCGAGGCCGGUAUUCUUUCAGAUUCUGA